GACAUCAUUUAGUGUAAUUUAUGUUGUUUAUAUAAAACGUAGGAGACACGCAAAUCAAGCUCUGUGAUGUUCGAGAUCCUCUAUAAAGAUGUCGAGAUUUUCCAUAUGUUUUGUGAUCUUAGGUCUGACUGGAGUAACUCAACAAAUAUCAUCAAAAGUUGAUUUUGCGGAAGAAGAAUCAACGGCUGUUGAGAAAAGUUCCGACACCGAUGAGGACGUUGAAGUAAAGCACACUAUCGUCGUUUCAACGAAACUCAAAAACAAUAACAGAAGGGGUCUGCACACAGACGGUGAUGCGGGUGUUCUUACAUACAAAUUCGGCAAUAAAAAUGCUAAUGAUGAGGACAGUGGUGAAGUUCCCAUAGUUAAAGCAUUCAAAUCAGUUGAGUCGACUCAGAUAAGAACGCCUGAUUCUCGUCUCAAGCCCGCUACAUAUACUUACCCGGAAAUCGUUCUCCGUAAUAGAAAUUUACGUGACGAAUUUGAUUUAUAUCCAAAUAUAGCCACAAAUUCGAUGCAAUGGAAACCUUCAUCAUACUUUAAUAAUAUAAACUGGUGGAAUCAAGAUAAUUCCGAUUUCGGCAGUCACAUCCGAAGGAGUAGACCUGAUUACCAAAAAUUUAAUAGACGAGUAAAUGAUGAUGGUGUUCGAGAAUUUUAUUGCAGAAAAUGUAGAGAAAUGAAUGGUCUCAGAGGAUGCGUUCAACCGAAAACGAACUCUUUCUUACAUGAAAGUACGACUCCAAAAAUUAAAAUUGACGGAAAAUUAACAAAAUUAAAUUGAAUAUGUAC